AUGUCAGCUGCGAUAACCGUCACCUACGAAUUGCAUCCUCCUCCAGACACACUUACAACGGGACUGUUAAGCACGAAGACCCACCAGUUCCCGGUUGCUGACGGUGUGCAGUCGGGAAAGGAGUAUUACGAAGCACUCAGGCGGGCAGUAGCCGAUGCUAAGAGUACUCUUGGGGACGAGCUUACAGCAUGGAGGGAUGCUGUGGGAACUCGUGAGCAGGAGAAAGAGAAGAAGUUACCCGCGAAGAUUGAAGAAGACGACGAAGAGGAAGAGGAAGAGGAACCAGAGGAUAUCGAGGCGCCGUCAAUUGGCGAUCAACGCGAUUUCGUGGAGCAUAACGCGAUCGACCAAUAUAUGGCCGAAGUAAGCCUGGCGGGUGGGUCAUGA